CCGUAUCGUACCGUCAGACAGUCAGGCCCCACAGACAGAGAACUCGUCUCUCUCUCGCCUCUCCCAUGGCGGAAGCCGACGACGCCCAAGCCCAGAGCCGCGCCCACCCGCCGGCGGCCCCGCCGCCGACGGAGGUGUCGGGCGAGCCGAUCCGGUCGCCCCAGGUCGGCGCUCCAAAUGCCGCUGCUCCGAUGUUUCCGCUCAUGUACCCGAUGAUUAUGCCAGGACUGUACUCCCAGCAGGCUAUAAAUAAUCAGGCGCAGGGUCCAGGGAUAUAUGCCAUACAGGAGAAUCAAUUCACGGGGGCGAUGGGCGGCUACGCUCCAAAAACAUUCAUACCGCUCGCUUACAACAUACCAACUGAAAGCAUUGGUGCAGUGGCUGGUGAAGAGCAAGGACAGGAUGCCAGGCAGCAAAAUGGCCCUCAAAGACAAGUUGUUGUGAGAAGGUUUCACUUUGCUUUUCAGCUUGACCUGGCUCUGAUCAUCAAGUUAGCAGCAGUGGUCUUUUUGUUUAGCCAAGAAGGAUCAAAACAACGGCUGUUUCUUCUCAUACUGUUCGCGUCUCUGAUUUAUUUAUAUCAAACUGGAGCAAUUACACCGUUUUUAAGAUGGCUCCAGCGAGCGGGAGGUGUGGCUGCUCGUCCACCACAGGCUCCCGCAAACCGUGCUCCUGUGGCUGCCCAAAAUGAUGCCAAUGAUCAACCACCUGGGGGAAAUCUCGCAGAUCCUGCAAACCCUGACCAAGCCGUGGAGAACCAGGAACCAGGAGCAGCAGCUGGCAACGAGAACGGGCAACAAGGGGCGGACGGAGAAGGAAACCGACGCAGCUGGCUCGGCGGCAUCUUGAAAGAGGUCCAGUUGGUUGUCGUAGGGUUCGUCGCGUCGCUUCUUCCUGGUUUUCAGCACAAUGACUAGGCGGCAUCGGCGGAACCAGCUACCUAUUGGCAUUGUAACUGUUUGUUGUGACAUAGGGAGAAACAAGCAAAAGGAUAUAUACUAGUAGUAUAAAGUGGGUUCUAAUAAGACUUCUGCAACACCUGUUAAUUUGUUUACAACUGAAUGCAGUGUCAGUGUCGAUCUUCGUUUGAUUUUUCAUUUGGUAUUGUGAAAUAUGAUUUUUUUUUAACG